CAGUUGUGGUCCGAUGGCGAUGUCGUAUUUUGUUUAUGUGAUAUGCCGCGUAGAUUUUGGGGUGUAAAAAGACUUCUAAAAAUGCCUAUAACUGAGACUGGGGAUCAAUAUUCGAUAUGGGUGGGCUUAAUAUACAUAUUCAAUUUGAUUGUUGGGACUGGUGCUCUGACAUUACCUGCAGCAUUUUCCAGGGCAGGAUGGGCAUUAAGCACAAUAUCAUUAGUCUUCUUAGCAUUUAUGAGUUUCUUGAAUGCAACUUAUGUGAUAGAAACUAUGGCAUGCGCCAAUGCCGUGCUAAAAUGGAAGAAACUGCAGUCUAUUAAGAGAGAGAGUAUCCAAGAUAGGGAUACUGAUGAAGAGACUACCUCACAACAAUAUGGAGAUCUCGAAGAACCCCUUGUUUGCGGUACUUCCAUACCUUCAAGAUACUACAGUCUGGACCAACGUGUGGAACUUGGAGAAAUGGCAAACCUUUUUUUUAGCAAGACUGGAAGGUUGAUGUUUUAUUGCACUCUCUGUGUAUAUCUAUAUGGAGACCUAUCGAUAUAUUCAGCUGCAGUUGCUAAGUCCGUUAUGGAUGUUGUAUGUUCAACAGUCUCUUCGAAUGUCACGAACGGCAGAGGUUGGGAGAGCUUGCCGUGUUUCAACGCAACCGAUGAUCCAAUGGCGUACACUCGACUCGAUGUGUAUAGGGUCUCUCUGCUCACCUUCGUAGCGGUCAUGGGGCCCUUCGUCUUCUUCAACGUGCAGAAGACUAAGUACCUGCAGUUGCUGACGUCAGGAAUGAGAUGGCUCGCAUUCACGAUAAUGAUCUCAAUGGCGAUCCAUCUAUUAACCUCCCGCGGGGCUGAAGGCAGACCUCCUACGUUUGACGUGACGGGAAUGCCCACAUUAUUUGGAGCAUGUGUGUAUUCAUUCAUGUGCCACCACUCGUUGCCAGGACUCAUCAGUCCGAUACGAGGAAAAAACGGCUUGGGGCUCCAUCUCUCUCUAGAUUACGUUCUCAUAAGCGUAUUCUACCUGUUAUUAGCGUUCACUGGCGCUUUCGCUUUUGCCGAACUAAACGAUUUGUACACGUUAAAUUUUGUGCCGUCGGACAAUGAAAACAUAUUCCUUAAAAUUGUCGAUUAUUUCCUUUCACUGUUCCCGGUUUUCACUCUGUCCACGAGUUUCCCGAUUAUAGCGAUUACGUUAAAAAACAAUCUGCAAUCUCUAUGUUUGGACACGGGUCGCAUUGAAAGUUACAAUGUUGUCGUAAGAAAAAUUUUAUUUCCCGUCGUUACGGUAGUUCCUCCGGUACUGUUGACGUAUUAUUUAGAGGAUAUCAGUGUGUUAAUUGAGUUCACUGGUUCGUAUGCGGGAGCCGGUAUUCAAUAUUUGAUACCGACGUUUCUGGUCGUGUCCGCCAGGCGGCACUGCGUCGCCCUGCUGGGUUUGGGCGUGGUCAAUAAGUAUAAGAGUCCGUUCUCGCAUGCGGCGUGGGCAGUAUUCGUGUUGCUCUGGUCGUACAUGUGUAUAAUAUUGGUCUCCGUGCACAUAUUCGAAAAGAAAUCAUGACGAUAAAUUAGGCGGUAUUUUCUUUUUUUUUCUUCGACGGAAAUGCUAAUAUAUUUUUUGUAUAAUAUUAAUUGUGAUAUUCUAACGUGUGUGUGUGUUAAUUUUAUAAAUUGAAGUCAUAUUUUAUUGAGGGCUUUAUCUUGAGAUAGCAAAAUUAAAUGACUUAUUUAUGUACUUGAAUGAUAUUCGUGAAUGUGUUUAAAGUAAAAGUUAUAUAAAUUACAUUAUAGUAGGAGUUUUAUGAAGAAAAAAAAAAACACGAAUGAUUAGAUUAAAGGAUAGGUACCGCGACGCUCAACCAAUUUGUACCUUCUUAUAUCUUUACGGCUUAACUCUCCACGUAUUUAAAAAAAAUCUAAAGGCUUUGUAUUCACGAGCGAACGAAAAAUAAACCAAACUAGAAAACAAGCUUUAGAAUUUUGUCACUCUACAUGACAUCAAAACUCCUUAAUUGUUCAUUGAGGAAUUUACUCUCUUUUUAAAACCAGAGCAUCAUACAUGACAAAACUCUGGUAGUUACUCAUUCAGCAGACAUUAUGAAACCUCAUUCUGGUGCAUCGUCCGUCCGUAGCAGUAGUGUGAUCAUCCUAUUUUUGAAGCUCUCAUCCCAUUCCCCUAUUUAUUUUAAGGUCUGACCAGACAAUUGGUCAAAUAUUUGACCCUUCGCCUUCAAAUACCUCCCGCAUUAAUCCUGCAAUAGCGUUUUGAGAGAUUAGUCAAUAAACAUUCCGGCCUGUGUAACUCUCUUGAGAUAUUAAUUUUUUUUGUAUAUUUCCUCCCUCAUUUAGAAUCGACAUGCUAGUCUUGCGCAGGUGCUUCUUAGUCCUGAAGCAUCCCGUGAAGUAUAUUUUUUAAAUUCUCAUCCCAUUCUCCUAUUUAUUUUAGGGUCUAGCCAGAAAAUUGCCCGAAUCUUUGACCCUUGACCUCAUCUAUGCUAUUCCUUCGAAGAUAUCUUCAAAUACCUCCCGCAUUAAUCCUGCAAUAGCGUUUUGAGAUAUGAGUCUAUAAACAUUCCGGCCUACGUAACUCGCUUAAGAUGUCCAUUUUUGUUGUAUAUUUCCUCCUUCAUUUAGAAUCGAUAAGCUCGUCUUGCGCAGAUGCUUCCCAGUGUUGAAACGUCCUGUGAGGACCCUAGCGAAUAUCAGAUUAACUUAUGUAAUGGAUUUAAAGAUGUCUAUUGAAUAGUACUUUCCAAUCAAAUGUUCCUAGUUCAAUAAUUCCUACACGUCAUUGAGGUCCUAUGGUUGGUUGGAGACAUUUCAUAGAUACCGCGACGCAACUAUGCGUUUCUCAGUGCUUUGACUCUUUAAGUCUCAAAGCAGAUGGCGCUACUGUCGCUGUAAUCUACUUCACUACCCAAAAAUAGUUUCCGGCUGACAGCCCAACCAACAAUUUCCAGGUGAAAUACAACACUUAAUUUAUUAAGACUAAUUUUAUGUAAUGUUAUACAAGCUUUAUUUUUUUAUAUUUUAGAGAGUUUAACCAUGUUAAUUCAAUAAUUGAUUUACGCUUUGUAUAUUUGAAACCAGUGAAUGUGCCAAAAAUAUGCAUAGUUUUAAGUGUGUGUGUGUGUGUGUGUUUUUUUUAUAAUUAAUAUAAAUUAACUAAUUAAUGCACAUUUUCAAACAUUUCGGUAAAACGCUAAUUAAUAUUUAAAACAAAUCAGUGAAUAGAAAUUGAAAGUCGAACAGACUGGAAUGUUAUUCUAUGCUGUUAUUAAUUUGAUUUUAAAUUUUUAUUUAGAAUAUGUCCUGUUAUGGAAAGAAAUCUUGUAAUUUUUUUAAAGCGCGAGUACGUUUCAUAUUUUAUGUACUAUUGAUUGAUUUUAUGACAGGAUUUUUAUUGCUUGUACAUAAUAAAUAUAUAUGAAAGGGCACUGUAUCGAAAAAAAUCCUGCGUACUUAAUCUACUUAUGUAUUUGAGAUAUUCUUAUGUGCAUCUAAAUCCGAUUAUUAUGGGAGGGGGAGCUCUUUGCGAAAUUCCGAAGCGUAAUUUUACGUUCAACUUUAUUUUGCUAAUACCGUUUCUUCUGGUUUAAACAUUCAACGAUAGCUGAUUAUUGACAGUAUUCGUGAAAAGUGUAAAGCUUAAUAAGUUCCCCCCAUUUCGCUCUGAAGAUCAUCACAACACAACUAAGAUUAGCUAAAAUGUGAAGUAACCAAUGGUUGUGAUUGAUAAAAGGCUUUUUUUUUUUCAAAGUACUUACCUACUGUCUAAUUGAAGCCGUCAGUGCAAAAGUGUCCUUACCUACAGUUUUUCAUAUUC